GAUUGUAAUAAUGAAAAAAUAAGGCUGGGAAGACAAAUAAAUCCAUGACGAAAAACGAUAAUAAAUAAAAUUUCUUUUAAGCAAGUUGUUAUUAAAGUGCAAUUACACUAUGGAACAGUGCCCUACAUUUAAAUCUGAAAGUUCACAAGCAGCAAAUAAGAAAUCCGAAUUUGCAAUAAGCAAUCGCCUGCCUUUAACGGAAAAUGCAACGAAUUCUCAUCCUUUAAUGAACUCUCCUGGAUCUUCAAUGUCACCUGAUUAUCCAGAUCUGAUACCUGAACAAGCAAAAAAUAAACAUAAAGAAAAUAGGUUCCAUCCUGAGGCUCACAGCACUGCUUUAGAAACUAGUACUGAUUUAUCUGACUCUUUUGAAAGACAACUAAACAUGCCAAUACUUGAAUAUGAUGAAAAAUUACCAGAUUUCCCUAAGAGUCCAUCUGCUUUAAAAAAAUUGCUAAUGUAUGAUUUACCUGUGGAGAUUGCUUACGAUCCAACUAGUGACACUGAAAAUGAUAAAUCUGUUUAUGAAGCACAUUUAAGCUCGAAUUUACAAAAUGUUUCCCUUACCAUGAAUGAAAAAGAAGGAAAUUUAAAUUUUUUGGCACAUAGUAAGAAAAGCAAUAAAUUAAGGCGCAUAAGGCUUGAGCAAAGACAAGAUAGUCACGAUAGUGAUCUGUCUUCAUUAGAUAGUAAUUCAGAUGAAAGUUUAAAGUCAGAUAUAUUUGAUGAAGAAUCGGAUAAGAGAAAAGGUGAUACAGAAGAAGAUAAUAAUUCUUCUGAACCAAUUGAGCCUUUAAGUGCAGUUGAAGAAAGACGUCACGCACGUAACUGGCAAAGGAUGAUAUUACCUGGUGGGGAGCAUAGAACAAUUGAUAUGAGAGUUAUUGAACCAUAUAAAAGAGUAUUGUCCCAUGGGGGGUAUUUAAGGGCCGGCGGGCAUACUGCUAUAGUUUUAUUUGCAGCUUGCCACUUACCAGAUAAAUCAAGGGUUGAUUAUGAUUAUGUAAUGGAUAACUUGUUCCUUUAUGUUUUAUGGACACUAGAACGUCUGGUUACUGAUGACUAUGUCCUGGUUUAUCUUCACGGAGCUGCCACUAGAUUACCAUCUUUUUCAUGGUUAAAGAGAUGCUAUCAGAUGGUUGGACGGAAAUUGAGAAAAAAUCUGAGCCAUCUUUAUGUUGUACAUCCUACAUUAUGGAUUAAGACAAUGUUGUAUAUGUCAAAACCUUUUAUUAGUUCAAAAUUUUAUAAAAAAAUAUCAUUUGUUGGAUGCUUAAGAGAGCUACUGACAAGAGUACCUUUAGAAGCAGCUGCUAUACCUGAAAAAGUUAGGGCCUAUGAUAGUUUGCACUCCACUGUGUAAGUAAAUUUGUACUUUAUCCUAUGCCUUAUAGUAUUUGAAAUAUCUUAGAAAUUUCAUGAUCUCAUUCAACAUUCCAUGACAUUUUUUUAAUGCAAUAAAUAUUAUACAAAAAGAUGUAGAUAUAUAAACCAUAUAGUGCAAAUUUGCAAAAAGUAUGUAAGCGAAUGUAACAUUCAUGUGAAGAGUACAUAAAGAUUUUUUAAUCAAAAUUUAGAAAUAAUGUUUUAAGGUAUUGUUUUAAACAUCUUUUUUUAUAAAUAUAGUAUAUACCUGAUUGUUUCUUCAGGUUGAGAAACUAUAAAUAUAGAAGUGAAAGGGUAUAUAACUAAUAACACAACUUAAAAAAUUUGAUACAUUAAAAUUAGCUAUUUUUAUUUUCAUAUUUAUUUUAACUGAAAAUUAUUGGGUAAUGUAGGUAUGUUUAUUUAUUGAUAAAUUUGUUCUUAGUUGAAAUUGUAGAUUGCUUGAUAUUUUAUUGUAUUUGUAUAGUACAAUUUAAUUUGAUCUACAAUCCUUAAAUAUAUUUUGAAAAUACUCUUCAAUUGAACCAAUAUAACACACCAUUACAACGAAUGGUUUAACAAAGUGAAUAAGUAGAUUUAUUUAGAUGAUAUGUAAGAUUAAGAUUUGUAGAUUAGACUUUUAUAAAUUUAAUUUACUUAAGUUAUUGUUUGUAAUUUUUUUUACAAGAAAAUUGUGAUAUUGUUAUUUCAAAAUUUUAAAAAAUAUACAGAUGUUUACUAUUUUUAUUUUUGAUUAGCUGUAACAAAUAUAUUAUAGUUACUUGGAGCAAAGCAAGUCAUGUCGAAUAUUUUGCCAAAUUUAUGUCACUUUUCAAACAAUUUAAAUUAGAUAUAUUAUUAAAUAAAACUAGAAUU